AUGGAAGUUUUCCAAGGUCUUCUGGAUGUCUUGAGACAUGGUGAAAGAGAUGCUACUAAAAUUGGAAAACAAACAUUUCUUCCUGCCACAUUUACUGGAGGACCAAGAGAUAUGCGUCAGCGAUAUCUUGAUGCUAUCGCUUUGGUGCAACAUUUCGAAAAACUUGAUUUAUUUCUAACAAUGACUUGUAAUCCAAUGUGGCCUAAAAUAAAAGAACAUUUACCUACUGAUGAGGCACAAAAUGGAGCUGAUUUGAUUAGUAGAAUAUUUCGAAGGAAAGUUGAAGAACUAAAAACUGAUAUACUAAAAAGAAAUAUCUUCGAAAAGGUUGUUGCAUUUAUGAACAAUAUAGAAUUCCAAAAACGUGGUCUCCCACAUGCACAUUUCCUUAUUAUUCUUUGUAAUGAAUAUAAAUUGUUGACACCUGAGUCAUACGACAUAAUUAUUUGUGCUGAAUUACCUGAUUCUAAUAAAGAGGCUCACUUACAUUCAGUUGUUGUGCAUCAUAUGAUGCAUGGCCCUUGUGGUCAUUUGAAUCCUAUAAAUCCAUGUAUGAAAAGUAAAGGCUAA